AUGGGAAAGAGUAAAAAGCGCAGUAGAGAACGAGAUGACAACGAUAUCAUCGAGAAAAGAAUUUGCAGGUUAGAACGCGUGCUUGGAGAUUUCAUUAAGUCAACACAAGAACAUUUUGAAAAAGCUGGUGGUGGUCAGAUAACCUCAACAUCUAAAGAAAACAUACCUCCUAAUAAUCAAGAGAAAACCGAUACUGCUGAAUCGGCAAAAGAAUCUGAAAAAGUUACUAAUACAGAAACUGAUUCUCCGGAAGAGGCUGUCGAGACGGAGGCUCAAUCAGACCCGACAUUAACGUCAUCAGCUGAGACUGAUCUCAGCAAAGAAAAAGUUUUAGAUGAAGACGUUGAAACAGUUCUAGGUGCGGACCCAACUGCGGGAAAUAAAAAAGAUCUGGAUUUACAUCCGAGUCUAGUAGCUAGAUGGCCUACCUGGCUAUCUGAAGGUCUUCCAAAAGAAAGCAAAGAGUCAGUACUAGACAAAUAUUCUCGUAAAGGGAAUAUUAAUUUAGAAGCUCCAGAGCUAAAUGAAGAAGUGCUGGUCACAUUAAAUGAAUCUGGCGUAAAAAGAGAUAAGCUUUUUACAGCAGAACAAAACUUAGUAGGCUCUGCAAUGUCGGCUGUAGGAGAUUCCAUUUCCCUGAUCUUAAAAGACAACGAAGAGCCAGUAGAUCGUCUUCCUGUCACCUCGCGAUCUUUAAACUGGAAGAGCCCACAUCCAAAUCAGGGGAAUUCGUAUGUGGGCCCAAGAACUUCACACCAGAAGUUCUCUAAGUCGAAUCCCCAGAGCAGCAGAUCAGCAUACAGCAAUACAUCCAACCAGACCAAGACCAAUCGAACAACUUAUCAAGACAGGAAGAAAUAG